GGGGUUGGGGAAUUAUUGGCAAGGGAGCCACAAAGCUUCCCGGAGAAGAAAGUGUUGAGGGAGAGGAAGAAAGCGCCGAAGGAUAAAAGGAGAAAGAGGCGGAAGGAAAAGUGAGAGGCUUGGACGGGGGAAGCCGCUGGAGAGCUGGAAAUGUCCUGUCUCUGCUACAGCCUGGUGAGAUACCUGUUCCUAGCCCUGCUCUUGCAUGGGCUGGGAGAAGGUUCUGCACUUCUUCAUCCAGACAGCAGGUCACACCCUCGAUCAUUAGAGAAGAGCGCAUGGAGAACUUUCAAGGAGUCGCAGUGUCCUCACAUGCUGAAACAUCUUCAUAAUGGAGCCCGAAUUACUGUGCAAAUGCCUCCCACUAUCGAGGGACAUUGGGUCUCCACCAGUUGUGAAGUAAGGUCGGGCCCAGAAUUCAUCACAAGAUCCUACAGAUUCUACCACAAUAAUACAUUCAAGGCCUAUCAGUUUUACUACAGAGGUAACCGAUGCACAAACCCAAUCUAUACCUUAGUUAUCCGUGGCAAAAUUCGCCUUCGCCAAGCAUCCUGGAUCAUUCGAGGAGGGACUGAAGCAGAUUACCAGCUGCACAAGAUACAGAUAAUCUGCCAUAGUGAGGCAGUGGCUGAGAGACUAAAUCAGUUGGUGAACCGCACAUGCCCUGGAUUUGUACCAGAAGAUAAAGCCUGGGAGCAGAAUGUGAGCUACGAUUUAUGGAGAGAGGAGAAUGGCUACGAAUGCACCAGAGCACUGAAUUUUGCUAUGCAUGAGCUUCAACUCAUCCGUGUAGAGAAACAGUACCUUCACCACAAUUUAGAUCACUUGGUCGAGGAGCUAUUUCUUGGAGACAUACACACUGAUCCUGCUCAGAGGAUGUAUUAUCGUCCAUCUAGUUACCAACCCCCUCUUCAAAAUGCUAAGAACCAUGACCAUUCAUGUAUAGCAUGCAGGAUCAUCUAUCGGUCAGAUGAACACCACCCGCCAAUUUUACCUCCGAAGGCCGAUUUGACUAUUGGAUUACAUGGGGAAUGGGCGAGCCAGCGCUGUGAAGUGCGUCCUGAAGUGCUCUUUCUCACCAGGCACUUCAUCUUCCAUGACAACAACAAUACCUGGGAAGGUCAUUACUAUCAUUAUUCUGACCCAAUCUGCAAGCACCCCACUUUCACCAUCUAUGCCAAGGGUCGUUACAGCCGGGGGGUACAUUCAUCCAGAGUGAUGGGUGGAACAGAAUUCGUGUUUAAAGUGAAUCAUAUGAAGGUUACACCCAUGGACAUAGCUACUGCCUCUCUACUGAAUGUCUUCAAUGGAAACGAGUGUGGGGCAGAAGGAUCAUGGCAAGUUGGGGUGCAGCAAGAUGUUACUCACACCAACGGCUGCAUUGCUUUGGGAAUUCGUCUGCCGCAUACAGAGUACGAGAUCUUCAAAAUGGAGCAGGAUGCCAGAGGGAGAUACUUGUUGUAUAAUGGCCAGAGACCUAGUGAUGGAUCCAGUCCAGACAGACCAGAAAAGAGAGCUACCUCGUACCAAAUGCCUUUAAUUCAAUGUACUUCAUCCACACCAAGAGUAGAUGAAACUUUAGAAGAAAACAAACUAGGAUGGUACAGCAGUGGAGCACCAGCAAAAAAUCCCUGUGCUUUUGUUUUGGUUAUGAUGCUGGCUGUUAGUACUGUGCCAACGUUGGGCAUUUGCAGCUAGAAGUGAAUUUUCAAAUGACUCCAUAUCAGGGCAAGUGUAGGACUUAGGCUACAUGGGGAGAAGAUGUCAUAAAGCAUCUUAACAGACAAAAAGGGACAUUUUAUUGAUGCCUUAAGAACUGUUGUUCCUUUUAUCCUCCUUGAAUCAUGAAUAGCCCCAGUUUGCUUCUGCUUUGAACUUCAUCCAACCUGAUCCAUGGCCUGACAUGACUGCACAACAGUAAUUGCACUUUAAAACUGCAGUUCUUCUCCCCUCACCCCGUCUUCAGUUUGUUCUUUUGAAGAAAAACUUACUGGGCUGAACUAUCUUACACAACUUUUCAUCUACCAACUGUGCUGUUGCAGUUGUUCCUACUCCCCAAAUCAGUUUAAUCUUUGAAUUUGAUUAUCUAGAAUUAUGCUUUUAUCGUAUUGUGUCAAUACUGAUAAACUGCAUUGUUCUUAUGCUACAGUGUAUAUAUGUAUAUAUGAAAAAUCCAACUAAGGAUGCAUCUUAAAUACACUUUUAUAGAGUUUACAUAAAAUAUUAAAUGAUCUUUAGGGUCAAGAAUGCUGAAUGGAAAAUCUCAAAUUAAAACUGCACAGAUAAUUUAAA